AUGUCUGGAGGAAAGCGCAUCUAUCUCGGUCACCUCUCUCCCGAUGUGCGGUGAGUGGCGUUGCGAUGCUGUGCUGUGCUGUGCUGUGCGAUGCUGUGCUGUGCUGUGCUGUGCGCAUCUUGUAGUCCAUCUUUGACCAUGCACGUCUCGAGCUCAUCAAACCCACCUGCCCCUCGACUUUGCUAUGCCUUUUUGCUCGUCGCGCAGUCGAGGAGACCUGGAGGAUCUGUUCAAGGGUUAUGGAAAGAUCAAUGAUAUUCGUCUGGUGCGUCAUGGAUGCAUGGCCCGCCACGAGUUCCAAGGCGCGUAAUGGUGCACGGCGUAUGCUGACCGAUAGCUCUUCGUGCUGCAUUGCGCGCAUACAGAUGGGCUCCUUUGGCUUCAUGGAGGUUGACAGUGGUCAGGAUGCGGAUGACCUGGUCAAGGUGAGUCGUGAAGCGUGUGCGCCGCAUCGCGCGUCUCCUGACCUUGCGCCCCGCCCUCCCUUUCCCGCGCACCGCAUCCUCAAGGACUUUGAUGGAAAGAGCUUCAUGGGAGAUCGGUGAGCAAAGCUUGGCCAUCGUUUCCCAAUUUGGCGUUUCGCUGCGCUAACUCAACGCUUGUCUGCAAUGUCACAGCCUCAUUGUGCAAAUCGCAAAGGAAGCUCGUCCACGCAGCGAAGUACCGCGUCCUCCUGGAGGAUAUACUAGCGGAUACCAAGGUGCCGGCGGAUACGGACCUCCAGGUGGCUACGGUGGUCGCGGUGGCUACGGAGGCUAUCAUGAUCCUUACGCUUACGGUGGUGGGCGCGGCGGUUAUGGUGGUGGACGAGGCGGCUAUGGUGGUGGAUACCCACCGCGUGGAGGAUACGGCGGUGGUGGUUACGGCUUCGACCCGUACGGCCCUCAGCCUCGCCAACCUCGCAUUCGUCGCGGUGAGCACGCUUCGCUUGACAUCGCUGAUCGCAGAUUGUUCACGACUGAACCUUUGAAUUCCGUACAUCGACACUACGCAGGCGAUUACCGCGUCAUCGUUUCCAACUUGCCAGCCAACACUUCCUGGCAAGAUCUCAAAGACGUAGGUCGCGAAGCAGGACACAUUUCAUUUGCCGAUGUCGACCCAUCUCGUCCGGACGAGGGUAUUCUGGAGUACGAUUCGCGCGAGGAUAUGGAGCGCGCUCUGGACAAGAUCGAAGGUAUGGAGCUGCGCGGAAACAAGCUUCGCGUGGACCCUGCCCCUGCUCCCGAACCUCGAGGCUCGGAACGUGAUCGCGAUCGCGAUGGGGGUCGCUCCAGCAGACCUGCUCCCGUUGACCGAGAGCGCGAACGUUCUCGCUCGCCUGCUCCUCGUCGUCGUGCUGACAGUCGUUCUAGAAGCCCUGCACCUCGUCGUGCCCGCGAUGAUAGCCGAGACCGCUCCCCCGCCGCUUAUCGCAGCGCCUCGGCUCGCGACGCUCCAGAGGAUGACCGCUACCGCGACUAG